CUACCCUAGGCCACGCCCCCUUGGGGCCCCUCCUCCGCAGAUUACUACGAAUGCUGCCUCCCUCCAAGAGGGGGCGGGGUGGGGCGGCGCCCUCGGAGGCCCCGCCUCUCGCUCUUGCUCCUCUCCAACUUCGCUGAUUAACUCGGUUAGCAGAACCGGCCGCGCCAGGUCUCGCAGUGGGUCCUUUUGGCCCGAGACUGCUGGUGCCGCCCAUCCAGGAGGUGGGCCAGGCCUCGAGGCCGAGGAUAGGGAAGUGGCGGAGCGAUCCCGAGGGGGCGGGACGUUUAUAAAUAAAUGUUUACCUGAAGCCGCCGUGGGACGGCGUAAAGACGUGUGCGUGCGGAGGGAGGCGGUUAGGGCGCGCGGAAGCGCGGGCUGGGCGGGGUCUGGGCCAGGUGGGGCGGCCAUGGCGCUCCCCGGGCUGCACCGCGCCGAGCUCGUGCUCUUCGCCGCCGCUUUCCUGGCCGGGGCCGUGGUGGCCGCCGCAGUCUUCCGGACGCAGGGCUCCUUCAAUGGCCAGUGCCCCAUCUAUGGCACCACCACCUGGAACAGCUCAGGCCUGGCCUUGUCCAGCUCCUCCGCCCCCUCCCUCUGCCUCUUCGUGGCGGGGGUCUCCGGGCUCCUGGCCCUUUACUGCCUCCUGCUGUUGCUCUACUGGACCUACAGCAGCUGCCUUGAAGAUGCCCACAGCUGCUCUGAGGCCCAGAAGCUUCCCUGGACGCCCCCCGGCUCCGGCCUGCACUUCUACUCCAUCCUGUAUGACGCAGAAGCCUCUGCCUGGGUGACUCUGGGGCUGUGGUGCCUGGUGCUGGCCCUGCAGCUGCUGCAGUGGAAGUGGGAAGGGCCCCCUUUCCGGCCCCUGGAGCGAGGGGACCCCGAGUGGAGCUCCGAGACAGACGCCCUCUUCGGGCCUCGCUCCCCUGACCCAUCCCUGAAGAGCCUGAGGUAGCCGCCAAAGACUGGACGUCCAAGUGCCUAGGCUGGAGGGCCGGCAGUCAGCCCUCCGCCUCCCCAGCCAAUGAAAAGUCAGAGGGA